CACUGACUGGCAUUGAUAGGUGGCAUUGAUUGGCAGCACUGAUAGGUGGCACUGACUGGCAUUGAUAGGUGACACUGAAAGGCAGCUCAGAUGGGCACUGAUAUGUGGCAUUGAUGUGGCACUGAUGGGCACUGGCAGGUGGUGUUGAUGGGCACUAACAGCUGACAUUGAUGGACACUGACAGGUGGCACUACUGCAGCUACACUGAUCAUCAGGGCACACUGAUCAUCAGUGCCCUGAUGAUCACUGUCAGCGUGACAGCUCGUAAGGAGAGAAAUGCAGAUAAGCGGCAUUUCCCUAUUUGCAUGCGAUCAACUGUGAUUGGA